AUGGCGAGCGAAGAGCUCGCGGAGAUCGAAGGCCAGAUUUCGGAUAUUUUUCGUGCUCUUUCGAAUGGAUUCCAAAAAUUGGAGAAGAUUAAAGACUCCAGCAGGCAGAGCCGGCAGCUGGAGGAGCUCACGGACAAGAUGCGUGAAUGUAAGAGGCUUAUUAAGGAGUUUGACCGGGAGUUAAAGGACUCAGACUACAAAAAUGACCCCAACACAAACAAGAUGCUUACUGAGAAAAAGCAAUCGAUGAUCAAAGAAUUGAAUUCAUAUGUUGCUCUCAAGAAACAGUAUGCAAGUAAUCUUGAAAACAAGCGAGUUGAUCUCUUCGAGGGUCCAGGUGAAGGAUUUGUAGAAGAGAAUGUGCUACUUGCUUCCGAUAUGAAUAAUCAGCAGCUAAUGGAUCAUGGAAAUCAGAUGAUGGAUGAAACGGAUCAAGCUAUUGACCGAGCAAAAAAGGUUGUCCAUGAGACUAUUGAUGUUGGGACCGAAACAGCUGCAGCUCUCAAAGCACAGACAGAACAAAUGAGCAGAAUUGUUAAUGAGCUGGACUCCAUUCAUUUUUCAAUAAAGAAGGCAACAAAGCUAGUAAAGGAAAUCGGUAGGCAGGUUGCAACUGAUCGGUGUAUCAUGGCGCUCCUUUUCCUUAUUGUUAUUGGUGUUGUAACUAUCAUUAUAGUGAAGAUAGUGAACCCACAAAACAAAGAUAUUCGAGAUAUACCAGGAUUAGCUCCUCCAGCUCCCGCCCGGAAAUUACUAUGGAUUUCUGAUUGAUGAUCAACUUUGAUGUUAUUACACAUUACCUGGCUUUGGUUAGUGCACUACUGGAGGCAAUCGGAGUUAAACCAAAGACAAGGUUUGAUCAACUAAAAUUAAUCGGUACGAUUAUGUGUAUCCAUAUCACAAUUAUUUUUGUCAAUUGGCAGCUACC